AUGACGAAUGAUAUUGAUGUAAUGAGGAUUAAAUCUGAUGAUGAUGAUCUAGCAAGUAAAUCUAGAUUACUACUUGCAGGCCAGGUUAGGUCAAAUUCUACUGAUCGAUGUAGGUCAAAUUCUCUUGAUCGAUUUAUGAGACGUGCUGAGAAAGUUUGGGCAGUUUCUACCAUAGAAAAGAUAGAAGAUGGAUCUCAAAAGUGUAUACUAGAGUCUAAUCAGGGACCAGAAGAAGAAGAAGAAAAAGUUGGUGAUUUGGUUCAGUUGGGACAAAAUCAGGGACCAGAAGAAGAAGAAGAAGAAAAAGUUGGUGAUAUGGUUCAGUUGGGACAAAACCAGGGACCAGAAGAAGAAGAAGAAAAAGUUGGUGAUAUGGUUCAGUUGGGACAAAACAACUAUUUCAUAGUUGACAUUUUUGAGAAAGAGAUCAUGGAGUUGGGAGACAAAGUGGAUUUAAACUUCAAGACAUUCAACAACUUUGAAGCUGUUGAUGGAGGCGCUCCAGUGGAUCACCACUUCUACAACUACAAGUGUUGUUACUCCUCUUGCUUUUGCUUCUGCAAAAAAGUUAAUGUUGAGAGAGAGUGGGGAAUUCUAAAGAGACAACUAGCCUUGUGGGAGAAGAGUAGUGAAGAUGGUUCCAAAGAAGUGAGCUUCUGUGUGAGAACUUACAGUGAAAGAAAAGAGCUGAUGAGAGUUGCUGCAACUGUGACAAAUGGUGACCAGAGUCAUAGUUUGUUAUUUUUUGACAUUAAGUUCCCUAAGGAGUAUCCAAACCAAGCACCGAGUUUCUUCUACCAUUCAUAUGGUCUUCCGUUGAGUAAUCUUAGAAAACAAAAGAGAUUGAGAGCUAAACUGCUUUACAACAUAUUUGAUGUGUUUCUCCAUAUUGAAGAAAUUGUGAUGAUGAACACCAACAAGUCAUGCCGUCAUAUGCUGGACAUGCUGAAACGGCCGCUCAUGGGGUUUGAGGAUUUUGUAAAAGGGCACUUUAGGAAGAAGGGUGCUCUUAUUCUAAGGAACAUGAUGAACGAGAUGGAUUUGAACAAGGAGAGGGAUAAGAACAUUUUCUUGAAGACAUACAUUGCCUUUGAAGACAAUAAGGCGUACUGUGAGCAUCUUCUCAACAGUGAUCUUAAAAAAGAGCUGAAGAGGUUCAAGGAGAAAGAGAGUUCAUCACUAAACGAGAACUACUACCCUUCUUCAUCUCGAAAGACAUCCAGACACCAAAACUACUCGAGCAAGUUCUCAGUCUUCUAG